AUGACUAUUCAAAGCUUUAGAAAUGACAUAACCACCCCCUUUCUUUUAUUUACCAGUGAAACAGUCUCACCGACAAAGAUGUCUUUGGAGGAGAUGAAAGAUCUCCACCUGGAGGAGAAAUACCUGCAACCGGAAACCAAGGAAGUGAAUGGAAUCCUCAUGACCAAGAUGAUAAGUGAUAACUGGGACAAAAUCUGGAAUUUUCAAGCCAAGCCUGAUGACCUUCUCAUUGCAACUUAUGCAAAAGCAGGCACCACCUGGACCCAGGAGAUCGUGGACAUGAUCCAGAACGAUGGGGAUCUGCAGAAGUGCCAGCGGGCCAACACCUUUGAUCGGCACCCUUUCAUUGAGUGGGCACUCCCCCCGCCCCUCAACUCAGGUCUGGAUCUCGCCAACAAGAUGCCUUCUCCAAGGACUCUGAAGACUCACCUGCCUGUUCAGAUGCUCCCCCCUUCCUUCUGGAAAGAGAACGCAAAGAUCAUCUACGUGGCCAGGAACGCCAAGGACUGCCUGGUAUCCUAUUACCAUUUCUCAAGAAUGAAUAGGAUGGUGCCAGACCCUGGCUCCUGGGAGGAGUAUGUCGAGACCUUCAAAGCUGGGAAAGUGCUGUGGGGCUCCUGGUACGACCACGUGAAGGGCUGGUGGCACGCCAAGGACCAGCAUCGCAUCCUCUACCUCUUCUACGAGGACAUGAAGGAGGAUCCAAGGCGGGAAAUUCGGAAGAUCCUGAAGUUCCUGGAGAAAGAGGUGUCGGAGGAAGUUCUGGACAAAAUCAUCCAUCACACGUCCUUUGAGGUCAUGAAAGAGAACCCGAUGGCCAACUACACCACACUGCCCACCAGCAUCAUGGACCACUCCAUCUCCCCCUUCAUGAGGCGAGGAAUGCCUGGGGACUGGAAGAACUACUUCACGGUGGCUCAGAAUGAGGACUUUGACAAGGACUACGAGAGGAAGAUGGCUGGGAGCACCCUGACUUUCCGCACGGCCCUCUGA